AUGCUUAUUUAUUUAGCGCUUCUCGCCCUCGGCGCGACGCUUGCCAAUGCGGUGCCGUCCUUGGAAGUAGUUGACAACUACUUUGUCAAUCCGGCAACGAACACCCGCUUCCAGAUCGUUGGCGUUGCGUACCAGCCCGGCGGCUCGUCUGCUUACGGAACCCAGGCGGGCGUCGACCCGUUGAGUGACAAGGAUAUCUGCCUCCGGGAUGCGGCCAUCUUGCAGGUUCUGGGCGCCAACGCAAUCCGCGUCUACAACUUGAAUCCGGACCUGAACCACGACGAGUGCGCAAGUAUUUUCAAUGCGGCCGGCAUAUAUAUGCUCCUCGACGUCAACUCGCCCCUGCCCGGCGAGUCCCUGACCAGCGUGGAGCCCUACAAAUCCUACUAUGCUGCCUACCUGAACCGGACCUUUGCUGUCGUUGAGGCCUUCAAGGAAUACCCCAACACGCUUGCCUUCUUCUCUGGAAACGAGGUCAUGGAUGAUGAGACGACAUCCACCUGGGUCCCUCCGUACAUGCGGGCAGUUACGCGUGAUAUCAAGAACUAUGUCGCUGCACACUCAAAGCGACCCAUUCCUGUUGGCUACUCGGCGGCUGAUGUUCGCAACAUACUGUUUGACACAUGGAACUACUUCCAGUGUGUCGAGAAUGGUGACCAGAAAGACAUGAGCAAAGUAGACCUCUUCGCUCUUAAUAGCUACAGCUGGUGCGGCAACAGCUCCUUCACCGAGUCUGGCUACAAUGUUUUGGUCGAAGGCUUCACUGGCAGCUCUGUGCCCGUCUUCUACUCCGAGUUUGGUUGCAACAACCCCGCCCCACGGAAUUUCAGCGAGGUUUCCACCAUCUACGGGUCGCAGAUGACGGGCGUCUUUUCGGGUGGCAUUGUGUAUGAGUACACACAGGGAGUCAACGAAUUUGGCCUGGUCAACAUAAGCUCCGACGGUUCCGUUAUUCUCACGAGCGACUUUCACUCUUUGAAGGCUCAAUAUGCGAAGCUCAAUUUUACCCAAAUCCAAAGCACCCCAGCCCCGAAGCCAGGCUCGGGCCCAAAAGCGCCUGCCUGCAACCCUAAGCUGAUAACCGAUGAUGUGUUCAGCACAAACUUCACGCUCCCUGUGCUUCCCCCGGGAGCCAAGGAAAUUAUUCAAGGUGGCGUCAGCCAAGCGCCCUCGGGAAAGAUUGUGAAAAUCAGCGAUUACUCUGUCAAGCACACUGUGGCGAAUGCCGACGGAAGCGUCCUUGUCAAGCUGGCUGUCAAGCCGCUGCCAGAUAAUGCCUUCAACAUUCCCGGCUCUAAUGAGGCCGUAUCUACGGCUGCUCCCAGCCCCACGACCACGGCCGCCACGGGUACAACCAGUGCUCCCGCCCCCACCCAGAGCAAAGAUGCCGGCAGCAAACCUGUUGCCGUUGUCCUUCCCGCUGUCGCCAUGGGGGCGUUCGCAGUCCUGGCCGGAAUCGCCAUCUAG